UUAGACCCGGUGCAAAGACAAAAUGCACAUGGGGGACCGAUUAAUGGAACUCUGCUGAUAGUGAUGAGAAGCUUUUUUCUGCAAAACAGGCAGCAGGUAGUGUGCAGAGGGGAAUUCAGGUGCUCAGGAAGGAAUUACACUCCAAAUUGAUUCUAAUAAUCCAAGGAAGAGCAGAUUUUCACCAGCAUACAGGAGCAUGGGUUGCAUCAACCCGCUCAUCCUGGCUGUGCGCUGGAGCCACUGGUCCUAGAGCUGGUGUCCACUCCUGCCAGAGGUAAUGAGAACUCCUGGGAAGCCGUGGAGAGCCGGACAGCCCGACGGAGCGAGACAGUUGAGGAAGAGGGCCGGGUUUUACAGGGAUGAGAGGAGCCACAAGCUGAGGAGAACCAAGAGAGGGAGAGCAGCGGAGCGGCCAAGAAGAGGAGGUUUUGAUGUGGAGAAUGGAUUGGCAGUGGGGCGCAGCCCCCUGGACCCCCAGGCCAGCCCUGGCUCUGGCUCUGGUCUGGUCCUGCAGGCCAACUUUCCUCACAGCCAGCGGCGGGAAUCCUUCCUCUACCGCUCCGACUCCGACUUUGACCUUUCACCCAAAGGUCCUUCCAGAAACUCCUCCACCGCCAGUGACCUGGAAGAAAGCUUGAAGCACUGGGAAGUCAACUGGUUGUCAACUCGACAUACAGAAGACAUGAUUGUCACACCAUUUGCACAGGUGCUCGCCAGCCUGAGGACAGUCCGAAGUAACUUUGCCGUCAUAACCGGCCAGCAAGAUCGCACAGCCAGCAAGACGCGAUCCUCAGGCAACAACCCUCCAUCCAUGUGCAAGACCAGCCUCGCAGAGGAGCCUCACCAGCAGCUGGCCAUAGAGACUCUAGAUGAGCUGGACUGGUGUCUGGAACAACUAGAGACACUGAAAACUCGACACUCUGUCAGCGAGAUGGCCUCCAACAAGUUCAAGAGGAUGCUGAACCGAGAGCUCACCCAGCUGUCAGAAACCAGCCGUUCAGGGAACCAGGUGUCUGAGUUCAUCUCCAGCACCUUCCUUGAGAAGCAACAUGACAUGGACAUCAUGUCUCCCCCCACCAAGGAGAAGGACAAGAAGAAGCGGCCCAUGUCCCAGAUCAGCGGUGUGAAGAAGGCCACCCACAGCCCCAGCCUCGCCCCCUCUACCAUCCCUCGCUUUGGGGUCAACGCCAGCCAGGAAGGACUCCUAGCCAAGGAGUUGGAGGACAUAAACAGAUGGGGUAUUGACAUCUUCAAGGUCUCUGAGUAUUCUGGGAAACGCCCACUGACGGUCACCAUGUACACCGUCUUCCAGGAACGUGACCUGCUCAAGUCCUUCAAGAUUCCUGCGGACACUUUCAUUACCUUCAUGAUGACUUUGGAGGAUCAUUACCAUGCCGACGUGGCCUACCACAACAACAUCCAUGCUGCAGACGUGGUCCAGUCCACGCAUGUCUUACUGUCCACACCGGCUCUGGAGGCUGUGUUUACUGAUCUGGAGAUCCUUGCCGCUCUGUUUGCAAGCGCCAUCCACGAUGUGGAUCACCCUGGAGUUUCCAAUCAGUUUCUCAUCAACACCAACUCAGAGCUGGCCCUGAUGUACAAUGACUCGUCGGUGCUGGAGAAUCACCACCUGGCCGUUGGCUUCAAGCUUCUGCAGGAAGAGAACUGUGACAUGUUUCAGAACCUCAGCAAAAAGCAGAGACAGUCGCUGCGCAAGAUGGUCAUUGAUAUGGUGCUGGCCACAGAUAUGUAUAAACACAUGAACCUACUGGCAGACCUGAAAACCAUGGUGGAGACCAAGAAAGUCACCAGUCUAGGAGUCCUACUGCUGGACAACUACUCAGACCGCAUACAGGUCCUUCAGAACAUGGUGCACUGUGCCGACCUGAGCAACCCCACCAAGCCUCUGGAGCUGUACCGGCAGUGGACAGACCGCAUCAUGGUGGAGUUUUUCACCCAGGGGGACAGGGAGAGAGACAAAGGCAUGGAGGUCAGCCCCAUGUGUGACAAACACAAUGCCUCAAUAGAGAAGAACCAGGUGGGUUUCAUUGACUACAUCGUUCAUCCUCUGUGGGAGACGUGGGCCGACCUUGUCCACCCAGAUGCUCAGGAGAUCCUGGACACGCUGGAGGAUAACAGAGAGUGGUACCAGAGCAUGAUCCCCCACAGCCCCUCACCCCACCCAGAGGGCCCGGGGGAGGGAGCCCCUGCCGGGGAAGCCUCGGCGCUCGGUGGGGCCGGCGGCUCCAUUUCGGCCGACAAGUUCCAGUUUGAGCUGACCUUGGAAGAAGAGGGGGAGUCUGAUACAGAGAGUCCGCCUGAGGAAGAGGAGGGCCACAGCGGCAGUAGGGGGCCUGAACUCUCCAAAACGGAUUCUGGCAGUGGAUUCAAUGCAGUAUCUGCUGCGACUCGUCGGCUCACUAAAAAGCUCACUACUGAUUCAGUCAGGACGUUUUCUUUAGACUCUGAUAAAGAUAUGGCAGAAGAGAGAGAGACAGAACAGGAAGGCGUCUCUGAAGUACCACGCUUCAGACUUGGCACAUAGCACCAGUCAGAAGUUAUAUUGCUUUUGGCCUUUUUUUGUUUGUUUAUUCUUCUUGAUUUCUGUGCCUCCUCUGUCACUCCUCUUCUCCCACUCCAACCAAAACAACACCAACUCUGGUUUCUGCGGACAGGGUGACAGCAAGCCUCGGGGUAGGGAG